AUGAACUUGACUAAAGUGGUGUCGUCGUCGUCGCAAACCAUCGUCGAAGCAGUUGUCUUGACCGUUUACAAAGGGUCUGAGGAGCUUGAAGGACAAACCAUCAAGAUGAUUGUUACAAAAUGUCCAAAAAGGCACGUAUUUGUUUCAGGCUUUAUAUCUAACGAACGCCCCCUCUACGCCCUCUACACAACUAAUUGCAGUGGAGCCAAAAUAAGCCUGCGCAAAACCGCAGAAAAAUUCAAAAGUGAAUGCGUGAACGACACAAUGAAAAUUGAUGAAGCAAAAGGCACCGACCCCAGCAUUAUGAAUGAAGAGUACAACGAAUUCAAUAUAAUUAAUAGUACGGACAAGUUGAAGGAUUGUAUUUGUUAUAAGGAGGUCAACCUGAUGCAUUCUUAUUGCGAUCAAUCAAUCACUUUCGUUGCCUCGGUGGAGAUCUCUGGAAAACUUCCAAUGUAUAGUGAUGCAGCUUACACAAUAAAAAGAUAUCGGGCAAAGGUCAUAGAAAUAUACAAGCACUCAACAACAAUCGGAAUUUCCAAAGGACAUUUCAUCGAGGUUAAUGUACUUGGCCCAAAAGAUGGCUGCGUAACCAACUUUUAUGAUAAUGUGCAUAUGACUGUUGCAGGUAUGCUUCAAGAAAAAAAUGAGAGAGGAGAAAAUGUAUUUAUAACGGAUAGAUGCAAGUACCUUGUAUGGGCCUUCAGUUUCGGAUGGGUAAAGCGUCUAUUUCAAAUGAAGGAGAAGAUUAACUGCUCUCCCUAUAUGAAAGACUGGAAAGGUUCUUCUUUUCAUGUGAUUGAACAAAUCACUGAAUAG